AUGGAAUCAGAUCUUGGUAAGCUCUUCAUUGGUGGGAUUUCAUGGGACACUGAUGAGGAACGUCUUAAAGGAUACUUUAGCAAGUAUGGGGAAGUGGUUGAGGCAGUGAUCAUGAGAGAUCGAGCUACAGGCCGUGCCCGUGGCUUUGGUUUUGUUGUCUUUGCAGAUCCUACUGUUGCCGAGAGGGUCAUCAUGGAGAAGCACGUGAUUGAUGGCCGCACGAAAUUAACUCUUAUUGUAUGCUUGAAACUGAGAAUGAUAUGGAACUGCUUGAUUUUAGAUACUGUACUCUCAAUUUUUCAGGUUGAAGCAAAGAAGGCUGUUCCUAGGGAUGACCAGCACAUUUUAAGUAGAAACACUAGUAACAUUCAUGGUUCUCCAGGUCCUGGACGCACCAAAAAGAUUUUUGUUGGAGGCCUUGCAUCUACAGUUACAGAGAAUGACUUUAAGAAGUACUUUGAGCAGUAUGGUAUUAUUACUGAUGUUGUAGUGAUGUACGAUCACAAUACGCAGAGGCCAAGAGGCUUUGGCUUCAUCACUUAUGAUUCAGAAGAAGCAGUGGACAGAGUUCUGCAUAAAACAUUUCAUGAACUCAAUGGUAAAAUGGUUGAGGUCAAGAGGGCAGUCCCAAAGGAGCUAUCACCAGGGCCCAGUCGGAGCCCUCUGAUAGGGUAUAACUAUGGUUUGACUAGGGCCAACAACUUUCUUAAUGCAUAUGCUCAGGGAUAUAAUAUGAGCUCUAUUGGAAGUUUUGGAAUGAGGAUGGAUAGUAGGUUUAAUCCACUUGCCACUGGUCGAAGUGGAUUUGCUCCAUUUGGCACCACUGGUUAUGGGAUGAGUAUGAAUUUAGAGCCAGCCUUGAGUCCAAGCUAUGGUGGAGGUUCCAACUUUGGCAAUACUCCUGCAUAUGGGCGGAUCUCAAGCCCCUAUCAUAGUGGGAAUCCAAGCAGGUACAACACCCCAAUAGGGUAUGGUGUAGGGAAUGCAAGAAAUGAUUCUCUCUUGAGCCCUACUACUCGGAAUGUCUGGGGAAAUGGGGGACUCAACACUGCCACAAAUCCUGCCAGCCCUGGUCCUUUCUUGGGCUCCGGAACUGGAAGUUUUGGAGUGUCAUUUGGGAAUAGUGGAGCGAAUUGGGGCACUUCUGCUGUUUCAGCUCAUGGUGGAGGAAGUGCUUCUGGCUACACUACUGGCAGCAUGGGUUAUGGGAGUGGUGACAGCAAUUAUGGUUUGGGCGGGGCAGGAUAUGCAAGAAACAGUGGCACUGGUGUACCACCAACAUCAUCAUUCUCUGGUUCAACUGGUGGUUAUGAGGGGCCCUAUGGGGACCUUUAUCGCAGUGGUUCUGUUUAUGGUGAUUCAACUUGGCGAUCUGCUACCCCUGAGCUAGAUGGUUCUGGGUCAUUUGGCUAUGGGCUCGGAGAUGUAGCUUCAGAUGUUAGUAAGAGUUCUGAGGGUUAUAUUGGGAGUUAUGGUGUUACAAGUAGACAAUCAAAUAGAGGUAAUGCUUCUCUUUGA